UGCUAGUUCCGGCAUUAACUGAGAAGAGAAGAGUCCCUUGGUGAACAAGUAUACAACCGGGAUAUUCAAGCGAAUAAAUUACAUUACAUUUAAGUCAUUUAAAUGCCACCAAGUAUGACUGAGAGCUCGGCGAAUAAGUUGGUAAAUGGAGAUGUUUGCCACCGGACCGCAAACGGUAAAAAAUCUUCGGGAAGGAACGGUUUCGUGAAGAAUCAUUGUUUGUUCCAACAACCGCAACAGAAGAAGUAUCGGCGCCCAAGUGAGAAGAACAACCAUGUUGUGCGUAACACCAGCCUGUACAACAGGCCGUUUGUGGAGCAGUUUGAGGAGACUCCUCUGCUUGUGGCGGUUCUCACCUACGUGGGCUACGGCAUCCUCACCAUCUUCGGGUACCUCAGAGACUUCCUCCGCAACUGGGGCGUCGAGAACUGCCACGUGGCCAGAGAGAGGGACGAACAGAAGGACUUUGUUCCGCUGUACCAGGACUUUGAGAACUUCUACACCAGGAAUCUAUACAUGCGUAUCCGUGACAACUGGAACAGGCCUAUCUGCAGUGUCCCUGGAGCCAAGAUGGACCUGGUGGAGAGAACCUCCAAAGACUACAACAGGACGUUCGAACACACAGGCAAGGUGGUGAAAGACGUGAUCAACAUGGGUUCUUAUAACUACCUGGGCUUUGCUGAGAACACUGGGAGGUGUGCUGACAAUGCCACAGGGUCAACACACAAGUACGGUGUGGGAGUGGGCAGCACCCGCUCUGAGAUGGGUAACCUGGACAUCCAUGAGGAGUUGGAGCAGCUGGUUGCUAGGUUCCUGGGGGUGGAGUCAUCCAUGGCGUUUGGGAUGGGCUUCGCUACCAACUCCAUGAACAUUCCUGCUCUCGCUGGGAAGGGCUGUUUGAUUCUGAGUGAUGAGUUGAACCACGCCUCUCUGGCGCUGGGGGCGCGGCUCUCUGGCGCCACCAUCCGCGUCUUCAAACACAACAAUAUGGUGAGUCUAGAGAAGCUGUUGAGAGAUGCCAUUGUUCACGGCCAGCCCAGAACACACAGGCCCUGGAAGAAGAUGCUCAUUCUGGUCGAGGGAAUCUACAGUAUGGAGGGCUCUAUAGUACGCCUUCCUGAGGUGAUAGCCCUGAAGAAGCAUUAUAAGGCCUAUCUGUACCUGGAUGAGGCCCAUAGCAUCGGAGCUCUCGGACCACGAGGUGGAGGGGUGGUGGACUACUUUGGUCUGGACCCCAAAGACGUUGACAUCAUGAUGGGAACAUUCACGAAGAGCUUUGGUGCUGCUGGAGGAUACAUCGGAGGGAAGAGGGAGUUGAUAGACUACCUGCGGUCCCACUCCCACAGUUCAAUCUAUGCCACGGCCAUGUCCCCUCCCGUGUCACAACAGAUCAUCACCUCUAUGAAGAUCAUCAUGGGAGAGGACAACACCACUCUGGGGGCGGAGCGUCUAAAGCAGUUGUCAGAAAAUACCACAUACUUCCGAAGGAAACUCCGAGAGAUGGGAUUCAUCAUCUACGGAAACAAUGACUCUCCUGUCGUACCCAUGAUGCUCUACAUGCCCGCCAAAAUAGGGGCGUUUGGCAGGGAGAUGCUGAAGAGGAACAUUGGGACGGUGGUGGUUGGCUUCCCUGCCACACCCAUCAUAGAGUCCAGGGCCAGGUUCUGUGUGUCUGCCGCACACACCAGGGACAUGCUGGACACGGCAUUGGAGGCCAUCAGUGAGGUUGGGGAUGUGUUGCAGCUGAAGUACUCCAGACAUCAUGAUUUCCCCUCCUCCGUGGGUCCAUGGUCCUCUGCGGAGAGUCUGCUCCUGGAGCCCAGCCACGUCAAGCCUUCUUGUCAUAUAACUAACUGAACCAGCUACACCAGGCAUACUUGCACCUUUGUUUGUUUUUGCACUUACCUGGUGCACCGGCUCUAAAUCAGUCCCUGACUAAAGAAUGAAAAUGUAGAAGUGGAACUUAGGGGAUUUGAGUAUCUCUACACUACACUACAGUGGGGUAGGGAUAAAAGAAAGUCACCAAGGUCCUAUCGUGUGUGUGUAAGCCCCUAUCGUUGUCUUAAUGUUCGUUUUGAAGUGUGUAAGCCCCUAUCGUUGUCUUAAUGUUCGUUUUGAAGUGUGUAAGCCCCUAUCGUUGUCUUAAUGUUCGUUUUGAAGUGUGUAAGCCCUUAAUGUUCGUU